AUGCAGAUUGCUGAAAUCCUCUCCGAUUUGACCUCCCUGCGAGCCUGUGAUCACACCGAAGCUCUGAAUCUAGUCAACGUGAACAAGACAGCUAAAGAACUAGAGAGCCCAAAAACCAGCGAGAAGGACUCGGACUCUCUCGAACUUUCCCGAGUAAAAGAGCUUGUCGCUCUUCACUACGGAGUGAAAGUAAAGCACUUGAAGAAUGGGCCUGGUUCUAAUCCCGUGGUCGACGAUGGGUUGCGACGUGUAAGGGAGGAUGUCAAUCGAGUGCUACGAGAGCUGAGAAACCCUUGA